UGUGUACAUGCUGUGGACUGUCAUGGAAGCCGCCAUACGCCUAUCGAAACUGUAAAGAUCAUAUUUUGUUGGUGAUUUCUUGUAAAUAUGAGUUAUUUGUUGCGGCUGGGGCCUUCGUUUGCCCGCAUUCAUGUCCGUCUGUGCCACCAGAGUGUUUACAACAGCCAUGCAAACGCGCGGGGAGUGACAGUGAACCUUGGGGAAAAGAAACUAGAGAUUUCUACGGGGAAAUUUGCCCGCUUUGCUGAUGGAUCUGCUGUGGUACAGUUUGGGGAUACCUCCGUGAUGGCAACUGCUGUAAGCAAAACCAAGCCCUCGCCAUCUCAGUUUAUGCCUCUUGUGGUGGACUACAGACAAAAAGCAGCUGCUGCAGGUCGAAUCCCCACUAACUACUUGAGACGGGAGAUGGGCACCACCGAUAAUGAGAUCCUCACCAGCAGACUAAUAGACAGGUCAAUUAGACCACUUUUCCCUUCUGGUUACUUUUAUGACACUCAGAUACUAUGUAACCUUCUCGCGGUUGAUGGUGUCAAUGAUCCAGAUGUGCUGGCUAUCAAUGCAGCUUCUGCUGCUCUGGCGCUGUCCGACAUCCCUUGGAAUGGACCCAUAGGUGCUGUGCGUGUGGGCAUGCUAGACGGACAGUUGUUGAUCAAUCCCACCAGGGCAGAGAUGACUUCCAGCACUCUUAAUCUGAUUGUGGCUGGAUCUCCCAGCAGUCAAGUGGUGAUGAUUGAGGCAUCGGCUGAGAAUGUGCUUCAGCAGGACUUCUGCCAUGCGCUGAAGGUGGCCGUCAAACACACGCAGCAGAUCAUAUUUGCCAUCCAGCAGCUGGUCCGAGAACAGAAUGUCACCAAACGCACCCCGGUUAAGGUCUUCUCAGCCCCGACAGACAUUGUGCAACAUGUCAGACAAUUAGCUUCUGAGAGGAUCUAUGCUGUUUUCACAGAUUAUUCCCAUGAUAAGAUUUCUAGAGAUGAAGCCAUCAACAAAAUUCGACUCGAAACAGAAGAAGAGCUAAAAGAAAAAUUCCCUCAGGCUGAGGCUUUUGAAGUCAUUGAGUCCUUCAACUCUGUGAGCAGAGAAAUCUUCCGCAAUUUAGUGCUAAAAGAGUACAGGAGGUGUGAUGGGAGGGAACUGACCGCUCUGAGGAACAUUUCUUGUGACGUAGACCUCUUUAAGCCACUCCAUGGCUCAGCUCUCUUUCAAAGAGGACAAACACAGGUGCUGUGCAGCAUCACAUUUGAUUCCUUGGAAUCCAGUAUCAAAGCAGACAUUAUCACCACAGCUUUGAGUGGCAUCAAGGACAAAAACUUCAUGCUACAUUAUGAGUUCCCUCCAUAUGCAACCAAUGAAACUGGAAAGAUGGGAGGAAUGAACAGGAGAGAGCUUGGUCAUGGUGCACUGGCUGAAAAGGCUCUGAGACCUGUCAUUCCUAAAGACUUCCCAUUCACUAUUAGAGUAACUGCUGAGGUGCUGGAGUCAAAUGGAUCCUCCUCAAUGGCUUCAGCAUGUAGCGGGAGCCUGGCACUAAUGGAUGCAGGUGUUCCCAUCUCCUCUGCUGUAGCAGGUGUUGCCAUUGGCCUCAUCUCUCAGGCCAGUGAAGAGAAACCUGCUGAGAUCCAAGACUACAGAAUACUAACUGAUAUUCUGGGAAUCGAGGAUUACCUUGGAGACAUGGACUUCAAACUGGCAGGAACAAGCAAGGGCAUCAAUGCUUUGCAGGCUGAUGUGAAGAUUCCAGGUCUGCCUCUGAAGGUGGUCAUGGAGGCUAUCCAACAGGCCACAGUGGCAAAGAGGGAAAUCUUAGGCAUCAUGAACAAAUGUAUAGCAAAGCCAAGACAAACUAGAAAAGAGAAUGGACCUGUUGUUGAAAACGUCCGGGUGCCAGUGUCUAGACGAGCUCGCUUUGUUGGUCCAGGAGGAUACAACCUCCGCAGGUUACAGGCUCAAACAGGUGUGACAAUAAGUCAGGUGGAUGAGGAGACUUUCUCUGUAUUCGCUCCAUCGCCGGGAGCCAUGAACGAAGCUCAAGACUUCAUCAGUGAGAUCUGCAAAGAUGAUCAAGAGCUACAGCUGGAGUUUGGUUCUAUCUACACAGCAACAAUCACAGAAAUAAGGGACAUUGGUGUGAUGGUGAAACUGUAUCCCAACAUGAACGCUGUCCUGCUGCACAACUCACAACUUGACCAUAAAAGGAUCAAACACCCUACUGCUUUGGGGUUAGAGGUGGGGCAGCAGAUACAGGUCAAGUACUUUGGCCGAGACCCAACAGACGGCAGAAUGAGACUUUCACGUAAGGUGCUCCAGUCUCCUGCUGCAACUGUCGUGAAGACAAUGAGUGAUAAACAGAGCAUCUCCAUGGGUCCAAGCAACAGCACCACAACCAACACUGAUUUGUGACCUGCCAGCACAGCAAGCCAACUUAAUGAUUUUUUUUUUUUCUUAAUAACUGACUUUUGAAAAAUAUACCAAACCAAGAUCUUCAGUUUUUCCCACAAACUGUUCCAGAGUUGAACCUAAAGAAUGUUGCAGAGUUGUUGUUGGAAUGGCCGUGAAGUCACCUCCUCCGGAAUGAAGUGCAUCUCAUCAAAUACAGUGUCCUACAUACUGUGCUUCAGCAAAAGAGCACAAACUGAGAGGAACCCUCUAAAGAGAAUGAGUGGGACACGUGUUGUAUUUUUAAAAAUACCCUUUAAUGGUGGCCUAUUUUCACAGCAUCUGUUUGUCUGGUUGGAUUUUCCUAUAUCUUCCCUCAACACAGUCAUCCAUCCGCGUUCACCCAGCAUACAUGGAACAAACUGAUGAAAGUCAGUGAAAACGUACGUAAAACUAGUAGCUCAGUAGUACUACUGUAAAGCGAAUGUCUAAUUAUGGUUUUAUAUAUUCAUUUUUUGUUUCCUUUUCAAUAUUCGUAAAUAAAAUUAUGACUGUUG